CUCCUAUCCUCUCCUCUCCUCUCUCUACAGCAUGUCUGCUACAGCUGCUUCCACCUUGAAGCCUUUGCUAAUGGCAGAAACAUGCAUCUGUUCGUUCCCUUCAAUUUUCACUUCAAAACCCCCACUAAAACCUCUCCCUAUCUCACAUAGACCCAUCAAGCUCCAACUCUCAUACUCUCACUCUUUAUCAACGUUCUCUGUAAAACCCAAAACCCAUUUAUCUUUAACGAUCCCUUUUGUGGCCCAGACCUCAGAUUGGGCUCAACAAGAAGAAGAAAACAACGCCACUAUCACUUUAACUGAGUCAGAACAAGAAGACUCCAAUUCGGAAAAUGAAGAAAGUAAUGAUUUUGAAGGUAGAGUAUCCGAUUGGGAGGCUGAAGGGGAGGAUGCAUCUGCUUCCGAAACCGAAGCUGUUGGAGGUGAAGGAGAGAGAGGUGACGAGGAGGGGUUUGUGGAGCCACCGGAAGAAGCUAAGAUUUAUGUAGGGAAUUUGCCUUAUGAUGUUACUAGUGAGAAGUUGGCUAUGCUAUUUGAUCAAGCUGGAACUGUUGAAAUUUCUGAGGUUAUUUACAACACGGAAACUGAUACAAGUCGUGGCUUCGGGUUUGUGACGAUGAGUACCGUUGCUGAGUCUGACAAGGCUAUAGAAAUGUUCAAUCGUUAUAACUUAGAUGGAAGGCUCUUGACUGUAAACAAGGCUGCUCCUAGAGGAUCAAGGCCAGAACGCCCUCCUCGUGUGUCUGAACCCAGCUAUAGAAUCUAUGUGGGCAACCUACCAUGGGGAGUGGAUAGUGGUCGUCUUGAGGAAGUCUUUAGCGAACAUGGUAAAGUUGUGAGUGCUCAGGUUGUUUCUGACUGGGAGACUGGCCGUUCACGUGGUUUUGGCUUUGUAACCAUGUCCUCAGAGAGCGAGUUGAAUGAUGCCAUAGCUGCACUUGAUGGACAGGAUCUGGACGGGAGAGCAAUUAGAGUAAAUGUUGCUGGGGAAAGACCAAGGCGCAGCUCCUUUUGAACUGAUAUGAAUUGAAUAGAUAUCCUGCCGCCGGUUAUCAUUUUCCUUUGUUCUUUUUUUUUUAUCCAUUUGUUUUUUCUCAUAUCAGUUUUGUGGUAUCAAGUUUUUUGGCCAGUUGAAUGGAAGCUCACUAGGAGUUUUGUACGCAUAUUGUCUUCACAGUUCAUAAAAAUUGUUUCGCGGAUUCGAGGACAUUGUGCUCUACGAGAUAAUAUAUUAAAUUUGUUGGCACAA